CCUCAUCCAGCGGCGCGGGGCCGGGGCGCAGCGCGAUGCCGCCUUCGCUCUCCCCUCACCGCUCCGCCUGAGGCGGGACCGGGGGAGCCAUGCAGCCGGCGCUCCGUUAGGUGAGCGCGGCUCGGGUCAGCUCAGCUGGGCUGGGAGCUCUGCAGCCACCCCUUCAGCAGCGCGGCGGUACCGGCACCACCGGCACCAUGAGGAACGGCGAUGACCUGGAGGGCUUCGACGGGGAGGCGUCCAGCACCUCCAUGAUCUCAGGGGCCAGCAGUCCCUACCAGCCCACCACAGAGCCCGUCAGCCAGCGCCGCGGGCUGGGCGGCCUCCGCUGCGAUUUGGAAUACCUGCGGGGCACCUUCGGCAGGAUCAAGCUGGCCGAGGUGGUUUUGGCACUGAUUGCAUUCAUCUGCAUAGAGACCAUCAUGGAAUGCUCCCCUUGUGAAGGCCUUUAUUUCUUCGAGUUUGUGAGCUGUAGUGCACUGGUGGUUACUGGAGUUCUGUUGCUUAUGUUCAGUCUUAACCUUCACACAAGAAUACCACAGAUCAACUGGAAUCUUACUGAUCUGGUCAACACUGGACUCAGCACUUUCUUCUUUUUCAUUGCCUCUGUAGUACUUGCUGCUUUAAACCAUAAAACUGGAGCAGAAAUUGCUGCUGUGAUAUUUGGUUUCUUGGCCAUGGCAGUGUAUGCUGUGAACACAUAUUUAGCUAUUAAAAAGUGGCGAAUGAGCAGCAGACAACAAAACAGUCGUCAGACCAGUGAUUACAUCCGUGCUCGGACAGAAUCCAGAGAAGUAGAUCAUCGCCCGGAGAUCCAGCGGCUGGAUGCGUGAAACCAACAUCCAAAUGGGACUGCAAAGGGAAAAGAAGUGUUGAACUCCCUCAUGGAAUAAAGGGUUUUUUCUUUAUUUAAGGAAGAAAAGGAAGAUCAGAUGGUGGCAAAGAGUGCCCAGCCCUGCAUAUGUGCAGAGGUGCGUUGAGCUGGAAGGUGUUGUCAUGAAGGCAGUAAAUCUUGGUCAUUCGAAAGCAAGAUCUGUUAAAGAUGCCCACAUAUAUAUACACAUAUAUUAUAUAGCUUAUAUAAUAUAUAAUUAUAUAUAUGUUUUGAAAUAAGUUUUUGUUUUGGAUUAACUGCACAGUACUUUCCUUCCCUGUCCCAAGUGCAAACUCUGCCAGUGUUUCUUCACCUGUCAUAAAUGCUGAGACCAGCACUACACUGGUUAAUAUAGGAAAGAAACCCACUGAAAGUAAAUCUAAUAUACACAAAAAAAAGGAACCGAGGGGCAAAUAGCAAUAACUUCAACCAUGUAUCGUCUCCAAUGAACUCUGUCCAUCCUUGUGCAGCCUUGGCAGCUCAGCCCAUUUCUCAUCUACAAGAUCUGCAGUUUCACUCUUGGUGCACUUAUAUAGCUGAAGCAGACAACCAUUUCACUUUUUUUGUUUCAUGGAUAAAGGGUUGAGGUGGUCACCCUAUGGGUUACUCUGGAAUUACCAUGCUCGGUUCAUGCAUGACCUUGGCCAGAUCUGAACUUGAGUGAAGUCAGCGUGGUUACUGAAUGGUCAACAUGAUGCAGCAAGUGCAAGUGUGUGGUUUUUUUCUUAUGUUAGGAUACAUUCUAUAUUUUUUUCCAAAAACAGGGAAAAAAAAAAUGCUUGGGAUGGAGGGGGCAUAGUAGAGAAAGAAGGGUUGUUAUCCAAUAGAUUCACCUUCCAGUUAUGGCUUUCUUUUUUUAUUUUUUUUCCCUCUUUUCUCCAAGGUUCAACUUGUUGAGAAGCAAGAAUUAACAAAAAAAUUAUUAUGCUCUUACAAAAUAUUUCUAAGGUUGCAAUAUUGUUAUACAUGCUUGCAUGUGGCACAUGUAAGCAUUACAUAAAUAAUUGCCUUUUUGGAAGAUUGGUUGUUUUUCCGAAAUCCAUUGAUAGUAGGUAAAACACUUAAAGUGGGUGCAUUUUUUCCCCCUAAUAUUUCUUUGGAUAAUGAGCAAGAUAAGAUGGUUUAGAAAUGGAUUUGUUUGGAAAAAAUUUUACCUAACUGAAAGUUUCUUAUUUUAAUUGUACUUCCAGAGAAUAGAAGGAUAUUUACUUUAAACCCCAAUUUUGCAGUAUUUGGAUAGACAAUGUAAUGUCACUAGGAGGAUGUCCCUUGCUAUUUUUCUGGGGUUUUUUUACUGUUUUUAUCCAUGUAAUCCAUUAUUUGGCAUCUGCAUGCCUGCAUGUAACAUGCAGAAAAUUUUUUGGGAAGAUCUCCAGAGCAAAAUUCCUUUCUGGUGUAAAUCUCUGAAAUGAGUGGAGCUGUAAAUCAUGCAUGCCUGAAUUUAUCUUCCACUUAAUUUGAACACUUUUUGCCUGUGUUAUUAUGUAGCUCGUAAGUGGAUGAAUGCAGGUAACUGGAGUCUUCAAAACAAAUGGCAAUAUGUUGCAGAUAGGUUAAUUUUAAAUAUGAAGAACAGGUUAUACCCAACAGAAGAUGAAUAGAAGUGCCUGGGCUUUUUUAAUACCAGAGGAAACUUGGUGGUGACAUGUGUGAACCUAACGCUGCAAUGCUUGCAUCAAGUAACAGAGAACUAUUUUGAUGUGUGACAACUGGUGACAAAACUAAUGUAUUUUCAAUUUACUGAUGUCUACAGUUAAUUAAACAUUAGUGACUAACAUGGAGAUUAAAAUUCGGAGUCACCAAUGAGGUUAAAGAAAACUUGCAUUUUCUUAAUGAGUAAUGGUUUAUCAGUUACUGUGACAAGGAUUUAUUGUGCUUCAUUGAAAGUUAAUGCCACAGGGACCACCAGUUUAAAAGAAGACUGAACCACAUAACCCAGCCACUAAUGUUAGGUUUAGAACACAGAUAUUUAGGUGUGUAAUUUCAUUGGAAGUGUAAUCUGCUUGGUGGUUAAUGACAAGGACCAAAAUGGUGUGUACAUCAGAAAACACUCUGUUUCUCUCAUGUACUCCUUGUGUUGAUUUUUUUAGAGGUGUGUGGGUCAACUGUAAGUUUAUGAAUUUGCUAUCUCCAAAUCCUUGCAUCUUUUCUUAGCUAGGAAAAGGAUAACUUCACCAAGCUUUUUGUGGAGUGAGAUCCUAAAAAUCUUUUAUCUUUCAUCUGAAAUGGUGAAUGCAGUGAUACUUCUAAUGUAGUCCAGUACUUCAUCAUUUAUUAUACCUGAAUCACACAGUGACCUUGAGUGCUUUUACAUCCAAAAUGAGUUUUCUUGAUCUGAGAACAGUGUGUCAUUAUUUAUUCCUUACAUCAUGACUUGAGUUUAGCACAGCUUUCAGGGUGGAAUUCAAAGAAAAUACUGAUUUAAAAAAUACUAUCUGAUACACUUUAUAAAAUAAAAACAAAUGUAAAUUUGUAAUUUCCUUAUUCUGAGGACCAAAGAUGAUUUUAGUAUUGUAUAUACUCUCUUAAAAAAAAAAAGAAAAAAAAAGGAAAAAAAAAGAAAAAUCCUAAGUUUUAAGCAUUUAUUGCUCCACAGAGACAUACACUUUUUGGAUUAUAUAGAAGGGAAAUAAAGUAGUUAUGAGAGACAAGUAGAUUUGAGACAUUAAGAUCAUCUGAUGUAUUCACAGUUGAUACCCCUUGUCCCUGACUUAAUUUCUCACAUGGUUUGUUGAAGAGGUUGCUAAUAUUUUAAGACCAUUAUGCAAACUGUAGUUGUGUUAAAAAAACUCUGAAGGAAGAGAAUAGGGUAUAAAGUUUAAUUUUCUUGGAAACUUUUAUAGAAAAGUGAUGUUAAAUUGUUUCUUCCAGCCAAUUAGCAUGGCUUGUAAUUGCUGAGAAUAGAGGGAUAAUUUCUUACAGUCCUUAUGAGUGCUGUUUAGCUCCAUAAAGGGACUCAAAACCCACUGUAAAUAAAACUAAACAGUUAAACCUUACAGGAACAGGGAGCUUGAAACUAUAAUCAUUGUGAUUAGUUCUCUCUUGUCAAAGUAAGCCCUCAGACGUGCAAUCUCCAUCUGUUACUGCAUGUAGAAAUGGCAGUAAAUUUGGCAACCUAUGCACAGACUUUAAACAAUAAGCUAUGACUGAAGCAACAGCUCUCUAGUGUUGUAUGAAUGGUUUUCUUUUAAUGCUGUGUAUGCUCAGUUUUGUCAGCCUUGGUUCAAGUUUAUCAUAUGUUCCUGUAAUGAUGUGCAAACUGCCUACAGUGGGAGUUUCUGAAACCAUAAGAACUGAUUUGACAUUUUCAUCAUUUCUUAGUAGAUUCCUUCCCACUCUCCACUUAUUUCUUUCAUUUUGUGUAUUCAUGCCUCAUCUAUCUCAUAUUUUAAUAUUUGAUUUUUGUUAAGCCUUUUUCUUUGAUCUGUGUAGUGUCUGCUUCAGUAUCAGGUAGAAUACUGUGUCCAACAUCCUUUUGCUUAGUAUGGUACUCUUAUGGUAUGGUUUAUGGUGGUUGGGCUGGAUGUGCUGGGGGACAUUUCCUGUAGGACUUGAGAAGCUACCUGGUAUACUGUAUGUAUUUUUGUGUACGCUUUCUGGUAGGACCCACAUGCUUAGAGGUUGAGAGGUUUAAAUUCAUCUGCCUCUUACUUUUUUGAGAGACAAGGUACUGACUCCAGAGAUUUGAUGCCUAUGUUUUCAGUCUGUGCUAUUCAUCAUGGGCUUUGUAUUCAGAAGCUGUGCUUUGGAAGCAGCUUCUCUUCUUUUGCUUAUAAGAUCUUCCAUGUGAAUUUAAAUAAAAUCAACAACGUGUGGUGCUUCUUCA